AUGAAGGAUAAACAAACCACAACAACUACAACUACAACCUCUACAACUUCUACAAAGCCUGCCAAACAACAACAGCAAUUGAAGAAGAAGCAGCCAAAGAAACAAUUGACACAACAACAGAAGAAACAAUUGGAUCAACAGAAGAAGCAGUUGCAACAACAGAAGAAGCAUCCCCAACAACAACACAAGAAUCAACAACAAGAUGUUGACCAAGAUAUGAAUGAAGUGAUGGAGAUUGCUCCGAUCAGUCUAUCGGCCAGCAUGGAUAAUAUGGAUCAGGUCGACCUCGAGAUCAAGAAGAAGGACGACAUCCUCCAAUGCUUCUACGACAUCAUCUCUGCUGACGAGUCCACCCGAAUCAAGGGUAUCUCCCAACUCGUCCUCACUCUUCAAGACCUCCAGACCGACUUCAAGCCAGAGCAUCAUCGUGAUAUUACAAGAUAUGUCUCAAAGGUUAUCGACAUGAAGAAUAAGAUACAUAAUGAGUUGUUCUGCCCAGAGUUGGAUUAUACUAUUCGCAGACUUAUUAAUGGUCUGGCAUCGGCACGCGACACUACUAAGCUGGGCUACUCGCUGGCCAUCAGUGAGAUACUCAACACAUUCACCAUUGUCGACGUGGCCUGGUUCGUCGACCAGUUGAACGAGGUGAUGGACUUUAACGGCAAGAACGGCGUCACCGAGGUGCAAAGCCACUUUGGCCGUAUCUUUGGUAUAAUGGCCGUUGUGCGUUCAGGCCGCAUUGACGCGAGCUUCAUCACGCGUCCACCCACCAAGUCCUCGAUAUACAACGCCAACAACCCGUCCACCGACAAUAUUAUCGAGUGUCUGGUCGAGCAGCUGAUCUACAUCUCCAAGAAGCGCGCAAGAUACACCGAGCUGGCCUACGAGGUCCUUGUCGCCCUCAUGCAACAGACCUCCGAGUCACUCUUUGACAAGUUCUGGCAGUUUGUCAAGCCACUCAUUCCCGAUGCCAUCUCAGAGUACACUCCCGAUCUGAUCGUCCUUCUCCUGGCCGUCUCCAAGAGAUACAAGCAAUUCAACUUGCUCAAGCAUACCAAUGGCUGGAGCCAUAGAUCGCCAUUCAAUCAAUCCAAUCUCCAGCACAUCCGCAAGAUUUACUCGGAUAGCGCCGACUGCCAUCCACGUGUCCACAAGAUCUGGAGUCUCUCCUUUGCCAUCCUGCUCAACAAGGACAGCGAGAACGUGUCAUUGAUUGAGUUCUGGAAGAAGGUCGUAGACAACAACCUAUUCAGCUCACAAUCACAUAUUAAGAAGCAGUUGGGUCUGCAGCUGUUUGAGAUGUUGCUGCCCAUCAUCCCAGUGGACUCGAUCAAGGAGCUCUUCACCCCACAGCUGGUGUUCUACCUCGCCCAGUCGCUCCAGACUGACAGUCCCCUGCAUGAAGUUGGAACUGAAGUGUUCCAAAUCAUUCCAAAGACUGCUGAACAAUCACAGAAGCAUCGCCUGGCUUUGAUCUUGUACUUCUCGGGCAAGGGUAACGAGAUGUUCCACAAUCAUAUCCCUGUUGAUGUGAUAUCGGAGCUGUUGAAGGACAUUGAUAUUGAAUCGACUGUGGCAUAUUUGGAGCAGUUGUAUCGUGUAUUCAUCACACCAAAUGCCUCAUCGACAUUCAAUGUCGAGUCGCUCGAGGGCGAGGAGCCCGAGGACACUGACAGCGAGGCUGCACAGAGCGAGGAGGUCCGCAUCCUCUCGCUGCAGCGCACCUGGGUCCUGAACCAAUUCUCAUAUAUCGUCAAGGAGCUGGUCAAGCGUCCACUCGAGCACAUCAUCGCGCUGGAGCAGUCCGUGCUCAAGCUGCUCAAGUUCCUCUACUUCCACUCAUUCUAUCUGCCACUCGAGGACCCAUCCGUGCUGGACGCGGCCUCAUCCAACAAGGGCAAGGAAAAAGGCAAGGCUGCCAACAAGACUGCCCCAGCCAGCUUGAGCGAGUUCACCCUGGAGCUGCUGUCCAUCGAGCCAACCACCGAGAUCACAUCAAAGGUGCGCGAGCAGUGCUCAAUGCGUCUGAUGUCCGUCCUGGAGAUGCUCACCAACGUUAGUCUUGUCAAGGGCGCGCCCGUCGAGGGCAUCCGCUCAGACAGCCAGUUCUGGGUAUCGCUUCUGGUCGACUUCCAGAACGAGCUCAACACAAUUGAGAACAAGCCACAAAUGGCCACUCUGCUGCCCGUCGGCCUGAAGCCACUGGAGCAGGUCAAUAAGGUGAUCAAGAGCCUGCAGAGCCAGCCCCCAACCGCUCGCUCGACACAGACCCGCGGCUUCGAGCUGCUGUUCCUGCACGUUUCGUUGCAGUACCUGUACGACCCACAUGAGAUCUCCGAGUUGCUCGAGGAUCUUGUGAUGGCUUAUGAGGAGAUCGUGUCACCUGCCCCCAAGGCCGCACCAAAGAAGACCACCAAGAAGGCCGCCGCCAAGAAGGCUGAGGACGAGGAGGAGAAGCCACCAGCAUUCCUGAUCAUCCUGGAUAUUUUGAUCAGUUUGCUGGACAAGCCUUCACACAUCCUGCGUACGGUCGUGCGCCAGAUCUUCUCAGUCUUCACCGACAGCAUCACAUUCCCCGUGUUGGAGCACAUCCUCAACAUCAUUUCCGCGCCUGUCACUGACAUCUUUGAUGGCAUGAACGAGGAGGAUGAUGAGGAGGACGACGACGAGUUUGAGCCAAUUGACAGCGACGAUCAAAUGCAAGACGACGACGAAGACGAGGAUGGAGAAGACGAAGACGAUGAGGAUGCCGAGAAGGACGACGAUGAGGACGAAGAGAUGGAAGAGGACGACGACGAUGACGAUGAUGAUACAGUUGACCCAGAGGUGGUCGCCAGGAUCAAGAAACAACUUGGCCCACAUCUGUUGCUGAAUGAGGACGACGACGAUGAGGAGGACGAUGCCAAGCCACCCACUGCGGCCGAGGCCAAGCAGCUGGACAAGUACCUGGAGCAGAUCUUCAUGCGCAAGAAGGAGGAGAAGCAGCGCUUCCACGACCUCAAGACCAAGACCAUGACGCUCAAGAUCCGUCUGAUCGACCUGGUCGAAAUAUACAUCAAGAAGUUCCAGGCAAACCCCAACGCCAUCCUCUUCCAGACGAUCCCCCUGAUGCUCAACGCAUCCGGCUCGGAGGAGCCCAACAUUGCCAACCGUUUCGUGUCGAUCUUCAAGAACAAGAUCAGUCUGAUCAAGCGCGCCGACCCAGCUGCCGUCAAGGCCGAGUCGAUCAACACCCUGAUCAAGGACUGUCUGGACAACAUCAAGCAGGCCACCACAAUGACCAGCGACGAGAAGGAGAAGAAGCCCUACCUCUUCCUCCUGUCGGGCCACACCAUCUACAUGGCGAUCCGCGUGCUCCAAUCCAUGUCCGACACGAGCUUGGACGUCAAGGCACUCAACAGCCAGCUGGACACACUGAUCACCAAGGAGAUCCUGCUCAACAAGAACAACACUGUCGUGCUGACCUUUGUCCACGAGUACGCCCAGCGCUUCCCACAGCUGAUGGUGGCUCAGAUCCCCAAGCUGAUGGCCAUUCAAAAGGAGUGCAAGAACGACUACAUCUCAAAGAAGGUGCUCAACAUUGUCACCAUGAUGGUGCCCAAGAAGUCAGCCCCAGCCGAGCAGAUCAAGCACUUCAUGUCCAGCGUCCACAUCAUUGCCAACACACUGGUCGACACCCUCGCAACAUGCAAGGAGGGCCAGCAGGCGCCCGUUCUGGCGCUACUCGCCACCGUACUACAGAUGGCCAAGUCACACAGCACCGUUGCCGUGCUCAAGCAAAAGAUGGACUUUGCCAAGAUCGAGCAGCUGCUGGUUGAAAUGUGCAAGAAGAGUGGCAAGCGUGCCAUCAAGGACCACUCGCGACGAGUGCUCUCACUGCUCGAGAUUGAGAGUGAGUUCCUGGAGCAGUCCAACAGGAAGCGCAAGCAGAAGGAGAGAGAGGAGAGGUUGGCCAAUGUCAAUGGCAAUGGAAACGGCACUUCCGAAGACGAGAGCAAGAGCAGCAAGAAUAACACAGGCAUACUCACUGUGCAGAAUGCCAAGCGCGAUAAACCAGUGGCCAAAUCAACACAGGCCAAGGUAGACAACAAGAUCAGGAGCAGGCCCAAGAAGGUGGAGGAGGAGGUAGACGAGGCUGGCGAACUAUAUAAACAAUUGACCGACAAGGACGAGGAGCCACAAGAUAAGAGACCAACAAAGAAACACAAGAAAUCACCAUCUUCAUCAUCAUCAUCAACUACAUCAACCACAUCAUCAUCCAAAUCAUCAUCAAACAGUACAUCAAAGCCAAACACUCGCAGCAGUAAGAGUGCCAAGACCAAGGAAUGA